CCCCGACGAAAUACGACGAUUACCGCUGCGCCGACGACUACGACUACGACUACGACAACGGAGACAACUUCCAACCAACCAACCCCAAAACCCAACCCCCACCCUUCCAUCUCGUUCCCUUCGCUUCUUCUCCUCCCCUUUUUCCCUCGUACCCGCCACCGGUGUUUGUAACCGGGUUUCUGUCCGGCGCUCCUUGUUCCGCCGCUAGUCAAACAGUAUCUACCCCGCGUCACUCACUUAAAACCGUAAUAGAAGGUUGAUAAACUCGUCAUCCGUUACACCCUCGAACUACGAGCGGCGGCGAGUGACGAUAUCGUGUCGUUCGUACGUGUAACGCGCGAUACGCGUCUGGUGCGCGAGCGAAUCGAGCGAUUUCGAGCGGCGAUCACCUCCGGAACGAUCGUCGUCGCGGUGCACGAACUCGAUUACCCUACGCUUACGUUGUAGGUAUCGCGUAAUUCGACGAACGUGUAACUUAUACGCUAAGGAAGCACUUCUUUUUUAAUCUGACGGGACGGAGUGGGAGGGGGGGGGGGGGGGGGGGAGACAGCGGCAAACGCCACCCCGAAACUUGACCUCGCCUACGCGUUACCCCGGACACCUGGAGGGCCUUGGAUAAUAUCGCGCUGAUAUCGAAAGCGAAUUUCCAAACAAAAAUAAGAAAAAAAAAAUAAAUAAAAGGUGCGCGAUGUUAACCGUGAAAAUGUGAGACGUGUGGAAGAGGUGCACCGUACGUAACGAAGGAUCGACUGGAGUCGAGGUUCUUAUUCGACCUCCGGGACAGAGAUAAACGGCGGAUAAAUGUAACGUCGACACAAGUGAAGUUCUGGGAAGAUAAAAUUUUUCGUGCAAUAUAAAGAUAGGAUACUCGAGUGUGUUGUCUACGGCGGAAAGGGGAUCCCCUCGUGAUGCCCCGAGUCGAUUCGAAGGAAGCCAAAUAGAGUCUAAAAAACGAAAAAACCAUGCGUCGAUUCGCCGCGAUUUUUUUUCAGUGAUUUGUAAACAACGAGCGAACGCAACAAACGUGGCUAAAGGGGGCGAGAAAACGGAGGCGAGCGUGUCGUAGAUUUCUAUCUCGCGAAAUUAAUCGGAACGGAUAUGUCCGGCGAGACGGAGAUCGAGGUGUCGGUAGUUUCCGAGGAGGAUCUGGAGCUGGAGGGAUCCCGCAGCAGUUCGGCACCGGCCGAACUCCUCAUUCAUCAGGAGAAGAACAACUGCAGCAUAAGCAAUUCCUGCACGAUAAACGGCGGCAAGGCCCCGUUGAGGCCGGCCUGUACCCCUCAGUACACCUCGUUCAGCAUAUCGAGUAUCCUCGGCAGAUCGGAGUCACCGAUCGUCGUCGGCUCCUCUUCGCCGCCGCCGAGAGAUCAGCCUCUUCAGGGUCUCAGGGUCAGUCCGCCACCGCAAACGUUGCAUCAGCAAACUUCUUCCACGUCGCCCAACGAGUCGUCCCAGCUCCUCGGGUCUCUGCCCAGACUGUCCGGCCUCGCCGGCGGACCGGGGAAUCUUCACGGUGCGGCGAACGGAAACGCCGCGGGUUUUAAUACGACCGAAGGAAAUCCGCUGAUGGGACACGCGACCGCCGAUCUCGCCAUGUUGUCCAGACUGGGUUUGAUGUCCUCGUUGAUAGCCGGCCGAUACCCCGUCGGGAUCGGAAGCGUUUUUUUCCCCUCGCCGCUCCAGCAUCUUCACCAACACCAACACCACCCCCGUCUGACGAGCUCGGGGACGAACGUCCAGGCGGGUACCGGUGGCGCCGGAGGUCAGGAGAAUUCGGAUGCCGACAAUAUACGGGGAAUGCUUCCCACCAGCGGAGGAUGGCCCUUCCACUGGAGACCGAGUCACACGCUCCAAAGCCUCAAUCAUCAUUCGUCGAACGAUGGAAAUUCGCACAGGCAAAGUCCGUCGGCGACGUUCCUCCAGAGAGAGGACGAAGACGACGAUCACGGAGUGUCGAUGACGCGCGAACGGAGUCCGUCAUCGGGUGACGAGGGUCACGACGACGCGGUGGACGGUGACGUUGACGGUGACGUUGACGGCGAUGGAAAUUCGACGUUGCAUUCGUCGGGGGGUGGCGGUCAGAUGGGUGUUUCGGUGGACGGUAGGGAUUCCGGUAGUAUGAAAAGGAAGAAAAAAACGCGAACGGUGUUCUCCCGUUCGCAAGUAUUCCAAUUGGAAAGUACGUUCGACAUGAAACGCUACCUGUCCUCGUCCGAGCGCGCCGGCCUGGCGGCGUCGCUUCGUUUGACGGAAACUCAGGUGAAAAUCUGGUUUCAAAAUCGUCGUAACAAAUGGAAACGUCAGUUGGCCGCCGAAUUGGAGGCAGCGAACAUGGCGCACGCCGCCCAGAGACUCGUACGUGUUCCAAUAUUAUAUCACGAAGCGUCCGCGAGCUCUUCAGCUGCCUCAUCCUCAUCCUCGGCACAUCCCUCGGGACAGCCGUCCCUAUCACACUCGGUGGGAUCUUCCUGUAACCCACCCCAUCCCCAGAACCAGGCCAUAUUCUACGCCCAUCACCACCACCAUCACCAUCCUGCUCACGUUCAGCACGCUCUUUUACCCCACCAAGUUCACCCGCAACCACCUCCGCCCCCACCACCUCCUCCCAAUCCUCAUCCACCACCUCCGCAACCGCAACCCUCUACGCAAUAAUAACAACAACAACAAAAACAACAACAACAACAUCACUAACAAUAAUGACGACGAUAUCUAUAAUAUUAAUAUUAAUAAUAGUAAUAGUAAUGAUGAUAAUAUUAAUAAUAAUAAUAAUAUAUAUCCAAGGAUGAUAUGUUGAAUUUAUUUCAAAAAGAGGAUAAAUCCGUGUAUAUAGGUAUGUAUCCUUCAUUUCAUCGUCGGAUCUCGGAGUAGAUUGAACAGAUAAAAGAAAAUAGAAAACCACUGAAUAUUGAAAUCCGUAAACGAUCAUCUGAAAACACUAUACACGUAUCUCGCAUACGUCAUUUAUUCACGAUACAAGUAGAGAAGGAAAACACAACACGCAAUAACAACAAAGUUCAUUGUCUGUCGCAUACAAAGGGAGAAGAAGAAAACGAUAUAUAUAUUAACGAAAAUAAAAUAAAAAAAAUCUCAUAUAUCUAUAUAUAUAUAUUAUAUUGUGAAAGGUACUAUCACGUUUAUAUACAUGUAUAUGAACGAAUGGAAAACAAAGGGGGAAAAUAAUAAUAAUAAUAAUAAUAAUACCGAUAACAACAAUAAUGAUAAGAGAGAAGAAAAACCGGAAGCUUUGUUAUUUUACAGAUAAAAUAUGCAGAAUAUUAUACACAUCUCGUGAUACUGUAAUAAUACAUGUAUUGAAAUAGA